UUCCCGGGGCGGUUCCCGGCGCCGUUCCCGCCCCUCGCUUUACGGCAGCGGCCGCGGUUUGCGGCGGGCGGUCGGUGCGGGCCGGGCCGGGUUGCGCUCGGGGCGGACAUGGCCAGCACGAUGGUGGCGGUCGGCCUGGCCAUAGCGGCAGCCGGAUUCGCAGGUCGCUAUGCAGUAAAAGCUUUGAAGCAAAUGGAGCCACAGGUGAAACAAGCCCUUCACAACCUACCAAAACCUGCCUUCAGUGGUGGUUAUUACAGAGGUGGAUUUGAACCCAAAAUGACUAAACGAGAAGCAGCUUUAAUACUAGGAGUGAGCCCUACAGCCAACAGAAAUAAAAUUAGAGAGGCUCAUAGACGGAUCAUGCUUCUGAAUCAUCCAGAUAAAGGUGGAUCUCCAUAUGUAGCAGCCAAAAUCAAUGAAGCUAAGGAUCUACUAGAAGACCAAGCUAAAAAAUGAAUGAGAAAGAAAAUCACUCAUUCAGAGGGUUUGUCCCUGCAAAUUAUUAUUUUUGAUAAAUGACUUAAGAAAAGUUCUAAUGUCAGUUUUUGACUUGAUAUAAAUGAAGCUGGAAAUACAAAUCCAGGGAGGUGCUCCCCACUUGGUCACUUUUUUUUGGAAAUACGUGAGGGAGUGAAGCUUAAAGAUUUUUUUCAUAGCUGUUCUUUAUUAAACAGCAAAAUCUGCCACUCAAAUACUGUCAGUGCUUGAGAGCAGUAACUUGGUAAGGCCAGUGUGUUACCAGGCACAGGUAAACUCAUGUGCUGUCUCCUAAUUUCUGUUGAACUGGCCCUGCUUAAAGUUCACGCUGCUGCUCUUCCAUCUGCUAAAAUUAGCACACUGAACCUGUUUGGGAAGGGGGUGGAAAAACCAAGAGGAUUUAUUGGACAGGAGGAACUGGGAGAGAUGUGUGGUUGUCUCUGCCUGGAGAAAUAAAGUACAGGAAACAAUGUA